AUGUCACGGAGCAACCUUGUCACUGGCCUCAUCGUCGUACAGGCUGUACAAGACUGCCUUUCCUCCAACUUUACCAUGCUCGCUGUCAUACUCAAUGUCUUUGUACUUUUCCAGGCGGCUCAGAAGGUCGUCUACUCGAGCGUCGAUCGCGGCGCCAGCGAUCAGUCAUGUGGUUUCUUCACCGACGUUGCGCCUAGUUUCGCGGCCAAGGCCUUUACGACCAGUUUCCGUGAUGCGAUAAGGAUAAGCUGCUAG